GACCCGCCGGCCUCCGGUUUCGCCAAUUCAUUGCACGCGGAAAUUCUGCGGGGACUGUAACCCCGGACGUCACGCGCAGGUUGCUGGGCGCAUGCGCAGUGCGUGCUUUCGGGAGCGGCCCCUGGGCGACUAGAGCGGCCAGAUAUUAUUGUCGCCUGAAGCUCAACAUGGCAGAAGAAGAGGACUAUAUGUCUGAUUCCUUCAUCAAUGUCAAGGAAGAUGUCAGACCGGGAUUGCCAAUGCUCAGACAAAUCCGAGAAGCCCGUCGGAAAGAAGAAAAGCAACAGGAAGCUAAUUUGAAAAAUAGACAGAAGAGUUUAAAAGAAGAAGAACAAGAAAGACGUGACAUUGGGUUGAAGAAUGCACUAGGCUGUGAAAACAAAGGGUUUGCUUUGCUCCAAAAAAUGGGAUAUAAAAGUGGUCAGGCCCUUGGCAAGAGUGGUGAUGGUAUUGUCGAACCUAUUCCACUCAAUGUCAAAACAGGAAAAAGUGGCAUUGGUCAUGAUACAUUAUUAAAACGGAAAGCUGAGGAAAAAUUAGAAAACUACAGAAGAAAGAUUCACAUGAAAAACCAAGCUGAAGAACGAGCUGCAGAAGACUUUCGAAUGCGACUUAAAACUAAGCAAGAUGAAAUGAAGCUGGAAGGUGACCUCAGAAGAAGCCAGCGAGCCUGUCAACAACUGGAUACUCAGAAGAAUAUCCAGGUUCCCAGGGAGGCAUGGUACUGGUUGAGGCUUGAAGAGGAAACUGAAAAAGAGGAAGAGGAAGAAAAAGAACAAGAUGAAGACGAAUAUACGAGUGAAGAUUUAAGUGUCCUGGAAAAACUACAAAUAUUGACUAGUUACUUAAGAGAAGAACAUUUGUAUUGUAUUUGGUGUGGGACAGCCUAUGAAGAUAAAGAAGACUUGUCUUCAAAUUGUCCAGGACCCACGUCUGCAGAUCACGAUGACUGAGAUUAUUCUCAAUAAAGCCGAAACUUAAAAAAUAUUGUCUCCUAAAGAUCCUUGAGCAUUUAAAAUUCGCAAUUUUUGGUGCCAGUAUGAAAAAAGAGCCUU